AUGCCCUUGUGAGAGUCAUAGCAACUGGCUGGAAGCCAAUUUGAAGAUAAUUGCAUUUGCUCAAUAUGUAUUUGCUCUACGUUUUGCAUACAGGCUCCUCUCAUUCUGUUUCUAUAAGUUCAAGAAAAAAUCAGUCUGCAACUCUGGCAUGCUCCCGUGGUGAUUGAAUAAGACACACAAGAAAGACAACGUUUCGAUCCAAGUUGGAUCUUUGUCAGGUUAGCCCGAAACAUUGUAUUUUUUGUGUGUCUAAUUAAAUCACUAUAGGAGCAUGCCAGAUUUGCAGACAUUUUAUUUGAUAAGUUCUUCUGUCCUGUUGGAUGCGGAUGUGCAUAUUUUUACAUUUGUUCUCUCUAUAAGUUACCAUACAUGAGAAUUUCAUCUGUUGCUGCCCCUAAAACAACCAAAUGGACAAAACUGGGCAAAUCUGGUUGAAAUUGUCAUAAUAACCAGUUUUGUCCACUGGAAAAAUAUGUGAUACAAUGUCCGGUAUACAUCACAACAACCUCUCAAUAAUGAAAAGCUGUGCAAAGGCCAUGGUCUAGAAGUGGUCAAACACCCAGUGCUGUCACAUUCAUGCCUCCCCACCGGAGAUCGGGGUUCAAUCCCUGCAUCCUCCUUUCCUCCCCAUCUACUAGUCUAAAGAAAGCAUAGAAAUACUGUUAGUCUAAAUAAAUACAAAAUAAUAAUAGAAAGCUUGGGUAGCAUUGAUCUGCUGGUAGAGUAGGCCCUGUGUGUUGAAAUAACUGACCUUCUUAUUCAAAAUGAAGGCUUCACUGAAAUAACCCCAUUCUUUGAUGAAAAGAUUAUGAAGUUCUGAUGACAAACAAAUGAUUCGAUGUGGUCAUCUGGCAAAAAUGAAAACCGACCCUCAGUUAAGUCCACCCACACAUGCACCCAAGCAUGCACACAAACAUAGUUCCUCCUUAGUUCUGACCCCCACUCUCUCUGCCCUCUCUACCCUAGGGAGGAGGCUCCAUGCUGGGUGUCGGUGGAGCAGUGCCCUUUCGUCCUGGGUCUUAGCAGUGAGAAUGCAGAGCUGGUCCUGGACACCUGUGUUCAGGUCACAGAAGGCAUGAAGACCAGAAGGAGACAACUCUUCCUCUUCAGCGACGUGAUCGUUAUCGCCAAGCUCAAGUAAGAUAUGGAACAUAAUAAGCACACACACCAACACAUAUGCAUACAGCCUGCAUAGCAACUCACAAAAACACCCACACACACGCCACAUACAGUGGGGAAAAAAAGUUUUUAGUCAGCCACCAAUUGUGCAAGUUCUCCCACUUAAAAAGAUGAGAGAGGCCUGUAAUUUUCAUCAUAGGUACACGUCAACUAUGACAGACAAAUUGAGAAAAUAAAAUCCAGAAAAUCACAUUGUAAGAUUUUUAAUGAAUUUAUUUGCAAAUUAUGGUGGAAAAUAAGUAUUUGGUCACCUACAAACAAGCAAGAUUUCUGGCUCUCACAGACCUGUAACUUCUUCUUUAAGAGGCUCCUCUGUCCUCCACUCGUUACCUGUAUUAAUGGCACCUGUUUGAACUUGUUAUCAGUAUAAAAGACACUUGUCCACAAGCUCAAACAGUCACACUCCAAACUCCACUAUGGCCAAGACCAAAGAGCUGUCAAAGGACACCAGAAACAAAAUUGUAGACCUGCACCAGGCUCGGAAGACUGAAUCUGCAAUAGGUAAGCAGCUUGGUUUGAAGAAAUCAACUGUGGGAGCAAUUAUUAGGAAAUGGAAGACAUACAAGACCACUGAUAAUCUCCCUCGAUCUGGGGCACCACGCAAGUUCUCACCCCGUGGGGUCAAAAUGAUCACAAGAACGGUGAGCAAAAAUCCCAGAACCACACGGGGGGACCUAGUGAAUGACCUGCAGAGAGCUGGGACCAAAGUAACAAAGCCUACCAUCAGUAACACACUACGCCGCCAGGGACUCAAAUCCUGCAGUGCCAGACGUGUCCCCCUGCUUAAGCCAGUACAUGUCCAGGCCCGUCUGAAGUUUGCUAGAGUGCAUUUGGAUGAUCCAGAAGAGGAUUGGGAGAAUGUCAUAUGGUCAGAUGAAACCAAAAUAGAACUUUUUGGUAAAAACUCAACUCGUCGUGUUUGGAGGACAAAGAAUGCUGAGUUGCAUCCAAAGAACACCAUACCUACUGUGAAGCAUGGGGGUGGAAACAUCAUGCUUUGGGGCUGUUUUUCUGCAAAGGGACCAGGACGACUGAUCCGUGUAAAGGAAAGAAUGAAUGGGGCCAUGUAUCGUGAGAUUUUGAGUGAAAACCUCCUUCCAUCAGCAAGGGCAUUGAAGAUGAAACGUGGCUGGGUCUUUCAGCAUGACAAUGAUCCCAAACACACCACCCGGGCAACGAAGGAGUGGCUUCGUAAGAAGCAUUUCAAGGUCCUGGAGUGGCCUAGCCAGUCUCCAGUUCUCAACCCCAUAGAAAAUCUUUGGAGGGAGUUGAAAGUCUGUGUUGCCCAGCGACAGCCCCAAAACAUCACUGCUCUAGAGGAGAUCUGCAUGGAGGAAUGGGCCAAAAUACCAGCAACAGUGUGUGAAAACCUUGUGAAGACUUACAGAAAACGUUUGACCUGUGUCAUUGCCAACAAAGGGUAUAUAACAAAGUGUUGAGAAACUUUUGUUAUUGACCAAAUACUUAUUUUCCACCAUAAUUUGCAAAUAAAUUCAUAAAAAAUCCUACAAUGUGAUUCUCUGGAUUUUUUUUCUCAAUUUGUCUGUCAUAGUUGACGUGUACCUAUGAUGAAAAUUACAGGCCUCUCUCAUCUUUUUAAGUGGGAGAACAUGCACAAUUGGUGGCUGACUAAAUACUUUUUUUCCCCACUGUAGAUUGUCUGAGUUUCCGAGUUUUGCCUUCAUAGAACGGAACUGAUUAACUCCCCAAUGACAACCUAUCAUUAUAGAAAUGUACACUCACAUGGAAAGACACACCGAUAUACCUAUAGAUUGAAAUCUUUACCACUGACGUUUUAUCCCACUGCAGUUCUUUUUUAAAUAGAUAGUGCACAUUUAAGUCAGAGAGUUUUUUGUUUUCUUAUUAUAAGAUACUGACAGCAGGAAGCUUGUAGGUUAAACAGUACAGUAUGAAAGUAGAUUAGUCUGAUCUAAAUGUAGAUUCAGCUAAUGUAAAACGUGACGCUAACUAAGAUAACAUAUUCUGAAUCGUCUCUGUUUCAAAGAAGACAGUGGAAGCAAUCUUCUGGUCUUAAGUGGGAGUUUAAUCAAUCGCUCUGGUCUAUUGAGUGUAGGCAGGUUUUUUUCCUGUACUUUUGCUCACACUUUUCCAGCAGAGGCGCCACGAGUGGCUAAAUACAUUUGUGACUAAUGCAGUUCUCUUGUUCUGAAUAACACCUUAGGCCGAUUGUGUAAACACUUGUUCAUGGAUUGCCGAUUGUGUAAACACUAGUUCAUGGACUGCCGUGCCUUUCCUCAUUAACCUAAUACCCAUGAUCAUUCACUCACCGGUACACUUACGCAAGCUCCAUUUCCUCUCCCCAAAGUCCUUCACUCUCUCUUUCUAUCCCAUCACUCUCUCCCUCCUUCCCACCCUCCAUUGAUUCUGUGUUCCAAAUGGUAUUCUAUAUAGCCCAGCUCACAUGAAGGGAAUAGGGUGCCAGGUGCACUGGUUUGUGUCAAGAACUGCAACGCUGCCGGGUUUUUCACGCUCAACAGUUUCCCGUGUGUAUCAAGAAUGGUCCACCACCCAAAGAACAUCCAGCCAACUUGAUACAACUGUGGAAAGCAUUGGAGUCAACAUGGGCCAGCAUCCCUGUGGAGCGCGUUCGACACCUUGUAGAGUCCAUGCCCGACAAAUUGAGGCUGUUCUGACAGCACACUUGUGACUCAAGACAGAUCCUCAAUACAGUUGAUUCUUUACACAAUCACGUUCCCAUGACAAGGCCUACAGUAAGUGCAUGGGUCUGUGGAUCCACGCGCGACAAGGUGACAGUUUCAAUAUUGUAGCAAACCAAAAGUUGUGAACUAGGCCUUGAGAGAGUGCCUUCCUCCUCACAAGCUGACAGACAGGCAGACAGACACAGGAAGCUGACCAUGGAACACAAUGCAUCCUAAAGAGAUAGAAAUCAGAUCACUUCCUGUUUCUGAGUGAUAAGCAAUUAAUCACUGAUUUAGAAAUAGAUGACAAUAAUGAGGAAUACAUUAGCACCUUUAGCAACCAUUGGGAUAGAGAAGUGGAUCAUGCAGUAUUCUAGGCCUGAUGAGCUGAGAUACAGUCCUAGCCAGUCCUGAUGAAAACAUAAACUGACUCUCUAAAUCCUCAACCUGCUAGCCCUCAUAUACCAUCCAUGACCACAUAAUCAUCUCUCUCUCUCUCUCUCUCUCUCUCUCUCUCUCUCUCUCUCUCUCUCCCUCUCUCUCUCUCUCUCUCUCUCUCUCUCUCUCUCUCUCUCUCUCUCUCUCUCUCUCUCUCUCUCCCUUCUCCCCUCUCUCUCUCGCUCUCUCUCUCUCUCAUUUAGGUCCAGUGCUAGCUACCGUCUGAAGCACAGGGUGAGUCUGGAAGAUCUGUGGCUUUAUGGCUUUGAGGAUGAGCCCGAGGAGGAAGAGGGAGGAGGGGGAGAGAUUGACCUCAGGACGUCCCUCGUCUUGGCCUGGCCCCUUGCCUUCUGUGUGGUGUCCUUCCAGUGAGCAACAGUCAUCCUCUGUGUGCAUACAUGAGUGCAAACUCAUACAUGUGCACACACACACACAGACGCGCAGGCAGGCAGACACUCAGGCAGGCAGGUGUACACCUGGCCACACACACACGCAGGCACACACUCACACAGAUGGAAACAAGUUUAUUUUAACUCAAUGAGAGACAUCUCUCACUCAUCAUUCUCGACGUAGACAACAAAUAACAAGUCAAGUUUCUCUUUGUUUUCUCACUACUGACAUUACGAGUGGCGCAGUGGUCUAAGGCACUGCAUUGCAGUGCUAGCUGUGCCACUAGAGAUCUUGGUUCGAAUCCAGGCUCUGUCGUAACCGGCCGCGACCGGGAGACCCAUGGGGCGGCGCACAAUUGGCCCAGCGUCGUCCAGGGUAGGGGAGGGAAUGGCCGGCAGGGGUGUAGCUCAGUUGGUAGAGCAUGGCGUUUGCAACGCCAGGGUUGUGGGUUCGUUUCCCACGGGGGGCCAGUAUAAAAAAAAUAAAAAUAAAUGUAUGCACUCACUAACUGUAAGUCGCUCUGGAUAAGAGCGUCUGCUAAAUGACGUAAAUGUAAAUGUAAAUGUUAUUCUCUGAACAUCCAAAGGUUAAAGGUUAGAAAACUACACGGUUAGCCACUACUGAGCAGGAAGUCCAGCUUACUGGCAUUUCAGAGUAAAACUAUUACAGUGGGAGGAUAAUGGAGUCAACCUAACUCUAACAUUCAUAAUUCAAAUUCAUGAUUCAUAUGAACAGUUCCUUCAAGUAAAGUUUGACCCAUUUGGUUGUCCUGAGAUAUAUACUGUAUGUACAAACUAAAGACAGUAGUAUCCUAGGAUUGACCUAAAAAUAUAUUGAGUUUCUUAAAGGCCCAGUGUAGACAAAAACGUGAUUUUCCUGUGUUUUAUAUAUAUUGACACACUAUGAGGUUGGAAUAUUAUUGUGAAUUUGUGAAAAUCAUGAUAAUGCCCUUUUCGUGUAAGAGCUGUUUGAAAGGACCGCCUGAAAUUUCAGCCUGUUUUGGUGGGAUGGAGUUUUGGCCUUCAAUGGUGACAUCACCAUGUGGUAAAUUAGUUAAUAGACCAAUAAGAAAGAGAGUUCCAAACCUCUCUGCCAAUAACAGCAAAUCUUCAUUUUUCCCCUCCCCAUUCAGACCACUCCCAGACAGUCCUAGCAAAAUUGCCCUUUGCCAAGAAGCUAUUGUUGUUUCUUUUUGACCAUUUUAAGGUACUUUACUGUUACCCAGAAAUGAUUUAAUAUUGAGAUAAAAUGGCUGCAUUGGACCUUUAAGAGAUGGUUUCCAUAAGGCCAUGAAUGAAAUAGGGAAAUGAGAACAGUCUACACCAUCACAAGACAAUGGCUGGUGAAAUAGGAAGUGUUGAAGCUAACCAUCAGGCCUCAGAUCACAUGUCAGGGCCUUUACAGCACUAGCCUUUAUCAGGACGACUGGAUCUUUGAAAUAUAGAGGGAGUGUUGAAAUUGCAUGGUCACAAAUAGACACAACAUUGAAUAAAACAUUUGAAAGGGGAUUUUCUGUUUUGAUCAGUAAUAAUAGCUAUCCCUCAUUUGGUGUGGAUAUGGAUUAUUUAGUCAUGUUAUUGGGGUCUGAGUCAUGGACUCAUGGACUUUAGAGUCAUUCUUAGAGUCUGUGGCUCACCAGUUUAUUGGCCUACAGUUUACCAGUAAGCACAAACAGUAUAUGAGCUGGUCUAUUGGUAUAGUGUCUAUAAUCAAAAAGUAUCGGUCUAAUGUAGGCUCAACCAAAGAUGAAAGAAAAUACAUGAAAACAGAUGCACUUUUAAAGUCCUCACUCAAUUAUUACUAUCAUCUAUACAGGUGAGUGAGGUUUCGUUUAAGUUAGAGUCUCCCUCAUGUCUCUUUCCACAUGGCGACAACAGCAGCAGCCGCAACACAUAGAGGAAGUGGAAGGUGUUUUGGUCGGGGCCGCCAUGACGCUGCUUCCUGUCCCCAUGACUGAGUUAGAGUUUCCAUCGCUCCAGUUAAAAGAGCCAGAGGGUGUGCUGUGUCUCUUUAGUCAGUCUGUCUGUCCAUCCGUGCGUUUGGUUCGUUCCUCUUUCACUGUGGAUUAGUAACUCCCGUGCUGUUGUUUUGCCUGCAGCUCGCCUGAGGUGAAAGAACGCUGGUUGGAUACUCUUCACAGGUAAGCACUACUAUGAACUCAUACAUAAUAUAAAUGCCACUUGAUUGAGCCAUAAAGGGUAAGCUGGGUUACUGGGUUAUACUGUAUGAAGAUAGUCAGUAUGUUAAUAACUUGCAGUAUCAAGGGGACUGUACUGUUAAUGUCAUUCAAUUAGAUAUAAUAUAAUUAUUGAAGGGUUAUGAACAGAAUUAGUUUUAAAAGGUAGUAUAAGCAUACCUGUGAUGGAGAUAGGAACUGUAUUUAGUGAGUAUUACAAUAUUCUUCAUGAUGUCAGAACUUAUAGUUCAAUAUAGUAUAUAGUUCAAAUAUUUUUUUCUGUCAUGCAAUUGUUAAUGGUUAGCAUUAUUUUCACUCAUAUUCAAAUUAAGAUUUGAUCAUAUUCAGAAUAUCCAUCUGAUCCUCAUUUAAAACUUGACACACCCCACAACACACACACACAUACACACACACACACACACAUACACACAAACACACCCUUUUGACACAUACAGAGAGUGGUUGUGUAGAGACCACAUGUACAACGACAUCCAUCUAACUAGGGAGUAGUCAAUCUUGACUAUGGCUCGCGAGAAUAACUAGGGACUGACUGGAGAUCAGUGAAAUAUUUGUAUAUACGCAUACUGUAUAUAUUUUAUGUAUGUGUUUUCCUCAUUCCAGGAAAAUUAAAGUAGCAAAAGAGAGAGCAGGUUCUACCACACCACCCCCAAGUGUCCUGAUGAAGGUGCUGAGCGGCAGUAUCACAGUAAGUCUAUCGCUUAGGGCCCGUCCUAAAUGGCAAUCUAUUUCCCCAUACAGUGCACUACUUUUGACUGGGGCCCAUAGGGCGCUUGUUGAAAGUAGUGCACUAUAGGGAACAGAAUGCCAUUUGGGAUGCAGAUUUAGCCUACUCUCCAGUGUUGUGCUAAAUGUACAGAAACAGCUAUCAGAAAAGCUGUGACCUUUAUAACCAUAGUGCAUACUUUGUAGACUAUAGUCAUAAUCCCUGAUACCUCACCCAGAUUCUUGUUACCAAAUGCGGUGAUGGCAGAUACUGUAGAAAAGAUGGUUAUACUUUCACCUGUGUCCAGCCAGUCAUUGGAUAUCAAGAUACCAUUGUAUUGCACCAUAUACAGCCAAUUUAGAGCAUUGACUCGCAUUAUAUCUCUUGCUCUCAUGUUGAUGGGUCUUCUGGCUCUGAAGAGACAUAUUACCUCUAUAAAGGGCCGUUAUCAAUAAGGACAGAGCAUCGGACAUUCAUAGAAAGGCGCUCAAUGCAGACACACUUUGCAGCACUUUGUCAAAACAUGAUCUUUGGCCAUUCAGGCAUAAUAGGCUUUUGUUUGACACCAUUCAAAUUGUACUUAUAGAAUUAGAAUGAGCAUACAUUGCCUAAUAUAUAAUAUAAUUGCUUCUGGAAGGAGUCACCUUUUAUCUUCAAGAACUUUCAUCUGCACUAUAGAUAAUAAUCUCUCUCUCUCGCUCUCUGUUUCAGGCUAAAACUCUAACAGGAGGUGGCAUGGAGCCUUCUAUCGAGUUUUCGCUUGAUGUGAGUACCGUACAGUACACUUCCUGCUUCUGCUUCUUUCAUCCAUGUGUCAAUUGUUCUGGUUCAACAUGUGUUGGGGAGAAACACCUUGUGUGAGGUUAUAUGAGGCUUAUUUUGAGGGUUAAUGGGGGAAUUCGGACUGCUGCAAUCUGUUGCUCAAAUAGAAGCACUUAUGUAACACAAGUGUAUACAUUGUAACACUUGAUUGAUACUGUACAGUGAUGAUGCUUUUUUAAAGGAGGGUUUGUGUUGUUUCGUUCAAAUGGAGGACCUUGUGUUGUUCUUGAGGGGACAGUGGUUUGAAAGUGGUGGGCUUUUAUGAUGGGUGUUAUUGAGGGGUAAAUUGUUUGGGUGAUUGGGGAGUUUGAGGAGGGAGAGUUGGCGGGUUAGACUAUUACCACCCUGAACCCUCACAUUGAAACAGGAAUGAAAACAGAGGCUGUGGUUUAGGGUGUUGGGGGCACCUCCCCUCCCCUCCCUCCCCUGUCACAUGUUCCUCCUACAUGCUCAUGACUACAUCUCCUGUUUUGCGUUUCCAGAGCGACGCAAAGCUCCUCACCCUGCCCAGAUGUGUAACACAGCCCAUUGGUGAGUUUGAAAAACAACAUCUCUGAACCACAAGGUUGGUUAAGGGCCCACAGUGUGUAUGUGUGUGUGUAUAUGUGUGUGUGCCAACUUAGGCAGAGAAAAAAAGAGGCAGCAUGAAAUGAUUCAAACAGGACACACCAAUGAUUAGUGUGAAUGUCAAUCUAAAACAAGAACAUCAAUUUAUAUCAUAUGCUAAUCUCUCUCACACUCACUCUCUUUCUCAUGAAUGGUAUUGGUAUACUUUAACCCUUAAUACCGCCUUUAUAAUACUGUAUACUAUACCUACACAAAUUGGCUAAACGUUUGGCUUCUUUCGUUACAGAAAAUGGUAGCAACAGUAAGUGGAGCAUCUUGAGGAAGUUGAGGAUAAGCUCCACCCUCACCAGCAUAUCCUCCCAUCCAGACACAGACUCCAAGAGCCAUCUGUUUGGACAGCCUCUCUCCAAGACCUGCCCGGAGGAUGGGACUCUUCCAAAGCCUAUCACAGUACGUCACUGUACCAAAACUAUCUUUGUUCUGUAAUAUCUUUGUUCUGUAAUAUCUUUGUUCUGUAAUAUCUUUAUUCUGUAAUAUCUUUGAAUGUCAGAUUUUCAUCAUUUGUACAAGGUGUGGGGCUGCGGGCAUUGAGUGAGAAAGAAUAGAUUGGCUGUGUGACAUAGCAUUACUCUUAUCAUUUCAUGAACCGAACUGCCGUAAUGAAUCGUAGUGACAGCUAUUGAUUUGAUCUGCACCUCAUUCUACCAAGGUGUUUAGUUCAAAGGGUUUAUUGACUAGGGCACUUGAUCAAUCAGGCCAUUUAAUUGUCACUAAUAAGUGUACUUAGUUACCAAAGCACUUGGUAAUGGUUGCUAAGGACCUGCCUGUCUGCAACCCAACUACAGAUUUAAUCUAUGUGAUGUUCCACUUCCAGCUGACAUGCACAAUGCACCAACUGUCUGUCUCAAUCUGCCCCUGGCCUCCCCCUCACAGAAUCACUCACAUUUAAGCACAUACACACACACACGCAUCCACGCACACACACGUGCGCGCGUGCGCACACACAGCAGGGUGUUUGACUUGUUCAUGCAUUUUCUCAGCCUGGUUUGACCUCUUUUCCUCCCUUGUUCCUCUCUCUCCCCACCAGGAUAUAUUGGUGCUGCUGUGGAAGAAAGGCCCCUCCACAGAGGGUGUGUUCAGGAAGAACGGCAACAAUAAGAACCUGAAGGCCAUCAGGGAGCAGCUCGACAGUGGGACGGAGGUGGAGAUGGAGGCCUUGCCCGUGGUUCUCCUGGUGGGACUACUCAAGGUAAAGAAUCAUCCAUCUGUUCACUCAUUUGUCCUUUCCUUUUCUCUAUUCGUCCAUCUGCCAUCCACCCGGAGCAGGGAGAAGGAGCUCUAUGACCUCCAAUUAGACCUCUUAUUUUUAGCGCGUUAGUACCUCUCGCUACCUAUCAGCAGUCCUACACUAUAUUGUGUUCUAACCCUCGACACCUUCCCUACUAAUUGCAGAGUUUUCUGACGGAGCUCCCGGGCAGCCUGUUAGUGUCGGAGAUGUAUGAGACCUGGAUGAAGGCCCUGGAGACUAAGGUCAUCCACCACAGAAGCUUAGAGCUCAAAAGGUAAGCUACCAGCCACUAGCGAGCUUACGCUAGGCUAAAUGUAGCGUUAGCAACUGUACCACCUGUUGAGUCACCCGCAUUUGUGAACUAUUUUACUGUAGUACUUGUGGGGCAUAAUCUUAUAUAAAACUGUAGGCUACAUGAGAGGCCGUAGCCGUAAACGUUAUGCUAAUGUGAGACUAAUGUAGGCGUUUGGUUGAAAACAAAAAAAAACUCAACUUUUCUAUUGAUGUUUAGGUGUUGCAAAGAACAGAUUCAGGGGGCUUUUCAAUUGAGUUUUUCAGAGAGUCAGACAAUGAGGAAGUUGUGCCUCUACCCUCAAUGUGUACGCUUCUUUUUUAGUUUCCUCCCCCUCUCAAAAAGAGAAGCUACAAAAAAAUGUAACGAGCGGCAAACUGAUCUACAUUUUUUCCCUGUUCUUUCUCUCCUUCCUUCCCUUUCCUCUCUCAGGGUGGUAGUCAAGCUACCAGGACCUAACAUCCUCCUGCUGAGGAACAUUCUGUGUGUGCUCCACCACAUCACGAAGAGCGCGGAUACCAACAAGAUGGACGCCAAUAACUUGGCAUUGUGCAUUGCACCCACUCUGCUGCAGAAGGACAUCAUGUCCUUAGAUGUGCAGACCGCGAAGAAGGUGAGAAUCCGGUUCUGACUGGACUCUUUGAAGCUGCCAGUGUAGUUUUCAUGUCCGGAAAACAACAGUGUGUUUGUGUGUCUGUGUGUAGGCCUAUAGUUUCGCAAUAACUUUAUCCUACUAUAGUCUGCGCUGAAACAGGACUGAGUUGUUCAUCGAAAGGAAAGCCAAUUCUUUACACUUUAAAACAAUGUUACUUUCAAUCACUCAACCAUUGUUCAAAGUAACGUUAACCUUUUGUGUUCUUUGUGAUGUUUCCUUUAGGUGACAGAGCUGACAAAGUUCCUGAUCGAGCAUUGCUGUGAGAUCUUUGGAGAGGACGUCCUGAGCCUUUUGGGAGAUCCCGAUGAGGAUAACUCAGGUAAGUGAACUGGGCUGCUUUAGGCGCCAUUCUCUGCAAUGCUACACGUUCUUUCACAGAAAAGAAGAACAUUCUGUGAACACAGAUUUCUGGGAACAUGUUUCAAAAAGCUUGAAAUAAAAUAGAACAAUGGGAAUAGGAAUCAUACAUUGUAAACUGCAACUGAUCAAUGUUCCAUCUCUUUCUCCUCAGAUUCCGUGUUAUCACAGCAGCACGACUCUGCGUAUGACAGCACAGACGCAGACGCUGAGGGGGACAGCGUGGGGUCCACGCAAGUAGAGGGUGAGGGGGAAAGGGGCGGCUCGUCCCCAUCUCUCCUCUCUGCGUGCGGGAUGCAAUGCGGCGCUAUCCCCUCCUGCCCCUCCAACGCCAUCUUCCACACCUUCACCAACAAGAAGCUCUUCAACCGCCGCUGCUCAGAGCCAAUCAUCUUCCCCUCUGCUGAGAAGAGAAGCCUGAUUGGCCUGGCCCGUAGUCACGACGACUUCUCUGUGGAGUGGCGGGACUUUGAGGAGCAUCCACUCAAGAAGCAGAUCUCUGAUGACUCCUUCCUGCUCCCAGGGUGUGGUGUUGCUGACACCAGGCAUGCCGCCACGCUGUCCCUCCCCAAACUCGGUGGCAGCCAGACGAUGACUUGGCGGCAGCUUGAACCGUCAUGCCCGUCAUCCUGCUCCCUGGAGAGCGCCGCCUCCAACACAUCGGAGGUCUCCCUGUUUACCAGCUCGCCGCUGACCUCCCCGGCCUGCCAACGCGGGGGCCAGUCCACACGCCAUGCUCCCCUCUCCACCAAGCCUAGGGCAGAGCCCCCAAGGGCGAGCACGAUGGAAGUGGUCGAGCGAUGCACCCAGUCCAUGAAUGUGGACAGGAAAGCCCUGUUGAGGACCAAGAGCCUUGGGGCCUUCGGCUUCGCUUGGGGCAGCCUCAAGAAAGGUGACCUCCAGAAGGAGAAGCCUUUCCCUUUCGGCACCCUCCAGGAAGACUCCCAGAGUGAGGUGGAGGCCCCAGUGGCCGAGGCCCCUCUCAAGCAGAAGCGUCCCCUGUCUGCGGUGGAGGUCUUCCUACAGGUGGACAGCAGACUGCCCUCCCAGCCCCCUUCGUACGAGCAGGCAGUCCAGAGUGCGGCUCAGCCCUCCCCACCGCAUUAUGGCUCCAUGACUGUCAGUGCCGUCGCCGCCACUCUCAGCAGGAAGUCCCGCCCAGCCUCUAUGAACGCAAACUUCCUGUACUCCUGUCCCGUCAAUCAAUACACAGACUGCUUCUCUCAGGGGACAGAUGGUGAUGAUGUCACCACAGCCCAACGGCAUUCGGUCGGGUUCCGCCAGCGAGCGAUGUCUGAGUCCAUGUCGAGAGCACUCCACGAGACCGUGUCACACCAUGACACAGCUUCACGACAUGAGAAUGUGUCACGGAGGUGCAGCCAGCCUGUGUUCGAAGAGUUUUCUUACGCCAAGGAGUCUUACGUUUGAAGGCCUUUUUCAGACAUUAUGUUUCACUUUUUUAACUUUGAAUAUACUCAAAUUAAAAUGUGCAACUGUUAGGUUGGACUUGCUGAGUAGUACUGUUUAGAGUACAAAAUUACGCUAUUUUACCUGAAAAGCUAUUUAUAAAUAGAAUCCUCCUCUAGUUUAUCUAUAGCAAAGCUAUGUAAAUAAUCUGAAUCUGAAUCUGCAGGUAUAGAGGGUAACAAUAUGCUAUUGUUGGUAUUGUUCCCAUUGUUUUACUUUUGUAACAUACUGUAGUGUACAUAAAUGUGUACAUUUGUAAAAAUGUUUUCUUCCCUGUGUCUUUUUGUAUGUCUUGACUCUACAACAUCUGUACUUCCACUACAAUAAAGCACCUU